GAUCCCCCAAUCACUGAUAAGGUGACGUUUUAUAUCAAUAAAGGCGAUAACUAUUUGGGCAGAUUGCAUUUGGGUUUGUUUGGUACAGUAGUUCCCAAAUCUGUCGAAAACUUCGUAGAGUUAUCGAAAGGCACUUAUGGCUUUGGUUACAACAACACCAUUUUUCAUAGAAUCAUAAAGGAUUUCAUGGUCCAAGCUGGGAAUUUUGACUUGAAUCAAAACAAUAACGAUGGUGGUUCCGGUGGCCAUUCAAUUUUCAAUAAUUAUUCAACCUUUAAUGAUGAAAAUUUUCAAAUCAAAUUCACAAAACCCGGUUAUAUAGCAUAUGCAAAUUCUGGUAAAAAUUCAAAUGGUUCUCAAUUUUUCAUAACAACUGUUAAAACUGAUUGGUUAAAUGAUCAUCAUGUCAUCUUUGGAAAAGUCAUUGGCUUGAAAAGCUUUAGAAUCUUGGAUAAAAUUCAAAAAAUUGAAACAAAUUCAAAUGAUUUUCCUCUAACC